CGUGACUACACGAUGACGUCGAAAGCCGGUGCCUCUAAAGUGAAGUGACCUUCUUUACGUCCGCCAGAAAGAAACCGCACAUCGGCCGAGAGAAGCAACUUAUAUCUGCGUUUUAACCCCGCAUAUUUCAACUAAAAGCUGACUAUGGGUGACAUUGCCAAGGGAAAGAAGGCUUUUGUCCAGAAGUGUGCUCAGUGCCACACUGUAGAAGACGGAGGCAAGCACAAGGUUGGCCCCAACCUUUGGGGUCUGUUCGGACGCAAGACUGGGCAGGCAGUGGGCUACUCUUACACAGACGCCAACAAGAGUAAAGGUAUUGUUUGGGGUGAGGGCACUUUGAUGGAAUACCUGGAGAACCCCAAGAAGUAUAUUCCUGGAACCAAAAUGAUCUUCGCUGGCAUCAAAAAGAAGGGAGAGCGCCAGGAUCUCGUCGCAUACCUUAAAUCAGCAACAUCAUGAAGAGUCAUUGAAAUCAGAAUAUUAAAUGUCAUUUCAUUUGUUUAUUUUUAGGCUUCAACAUGCUAAAUAUUACGGUUUUAUGUUCAGUCAUUUGACUUUUAAGGUUAAUUUAUGUUGUAUAAAGUUAGAAAAGUGACACCUCUUGUGAGCCGGUGAGUUCACAACCCGUGUCACUUCCUCUUUCAGGAGCAAAUGUUCAAAUGGCCGAACAUAAAACUACAGGCUUUUCUUUUUUGUGAAUCUGUACUUUGACUCUAACGAGGAGAAAAGAAAUUAAUCACAUUAUUUGAAAUUUCUAUGCGUGAAAUGUCACAUGACCUGCCCCUCAUUCUGUUUUUCCAUGACAACACGUGUCUGGUACUUUCUGCUAGCAGAGUCAUCCGCCAUCAACCUCAUUUUUAAAACUUCUACUUAAAAAAAGUAACGUAAUAUGAGCUACAUCAGAGCGAAACGUGUGGAAAUCUUAGCAUUUGUGGUAGUUAACUGGUGCUGACUCUAUCUACUCCCAAGUUUUCAUGCCAACUGAAGUUUCUAAAUUUUAGAAGAGGUGACAAAACCUCAUGUUGCAUUCAAGGACUCUGACGCAGCCCCUCUGAACACUUGUAACCUCCUGCCAGUCGUCAGACUCAGUACGAGUUUUUUAAAGAAUUUGUGCGAAGAGUGUCACACUGUUAUCUGCCUCAGUACAGCUAAGAAUUGUGUGGCAUAAAUAUACAUGAAGGCCUUCAAAACCACCAUCAUGCUGAGAUCCCACCAGUGUGCAAUCAGCUGGCGUGCAAACACCACUUUAACAAUGUUGUGGAGCUACUGUACGAUAGAAAGAAGCUAUCGAAGGCGUCAUCUUGAGUGAAGGAAGAUUUUGUUAUUUACCUGGUUUCACAGGCCCGAAAGAAUAUUGUUUUAACUUAUUUUACUGUAAUCUGAGAGACUGCAUCUGUAAAAUGUUUUGAUGGGGCUGCUUGCUGUCAAUGUGCACACAGCAAAACACUGUAUGCACGUAAACCAUAAUAUAAUGCUCAGUCGUGUGCUUGUGGACCGGAUGGAUGAAGGAUCAAAUAAAAGACAACGUCCAGAAAUGUA